AUGACCGCUUUAUGGAAUUGGACUGCUGAACGACAAGGAAAACGUAUGAAAGAUGUUUACUUUAGAUCUUUAUUAAAAAUGCAAAUCGAUUAUUUCGAAGCACCCGAUAUUACUUCUGGAG